AUGACAGAAGGAAGGCAAAUAAUAUUUGUAUUAGCUGGUUUUCUGGGUAUAUUUCUUAUGUUAACUAUUGUGUUUGCCGCUUUAUAUGGAGUUCAAAGGAAUAAAAGUUGGAAUACCGUAGACAUAACAACAGCCAUAAUUACAGUCACAACCACGGCUCAGACGAAUUUAUGUGUAACCCCAUAUUGUAUUAAAGCGGCAAAUUAUUUACUUGAAAGUAUUAAUAAAACUGUUAAUCCAUGUGAUAAUUUCUUUGAAUUUGCUUGUGGAACAUGGUUAAAGAAGAAUCGAAUACCUGAUGAUGCUGCAUCUCAUGAUAUUAUUAACAUUCUAAGAAAUCAAUUAGAUAGUGAUAUCGUUGAUAUGUUAACCUCGCCAAUACCCGAUGACUUAAAAAAUCUUCAGUCUAUAAUUAAUGCUCGUCGUUUUUAUGAUUCAUGUAUAAAUGAAACAGCUAUCGAAUUAGAGGCUGUCCAUGUAAUACUGUCUUUCGUCAAUAAUGAACUUGGUGGAUGGCCGAUUUUACAAGGUUCAUCAUGGAAUGAAGAUUCAUUUAAUCUUACACAUUUACUAAUUAAAUUACGUGAAUAUAGUCACAAUAUGAUAUUUGGUUUUCGUACAUCAGCUGAUGAUAAAAAUUCUUCAGUUAACUUUAUUCGAGUUUAUCAAAGUGCUAUUCCUCUUGAACAACGAUCAAAUUAUAUUAAUGAAACAAAAAUUACCAAAGCUUAUCAACAAUUUAUUCAUGAUGUAGCUUCGGCACUAACAAAUAAUAUAGUAAUUAAUGUCAGUGAAGUUAACGAUAUUUAUAAUUUUGAAAAACGUAUUUCAACAUUUCAUUGGACACCUGCCGAAAAACAUGCUAGAAAAAAUGAAACAGUUCGUACAACAAUUGGAAAUCUUUCACAAACAUUUAAUACAAGUUUUGAUUUUACAAAUUAUCUUCGAUAUAUAUAUUUUUUAUCAAAUGUUUCUUUAAAUGAUAAUGAUAUUGUAUCAGUUAGUGAAAUUGAAUUUUUACGUAAUAUAUCAUCGAUUAUUGAUACAACUUCACCACGUAUACUACAAAAUUAUAUUGUAUGGUGCUUUAUAAUGAAUAGAGUAUCAAAUAUGCCUAAACGUUAUCGUGCUCUAAGAGAUCCAUUUGAUGAAGCUUUUCAGGGUACUAUUGCUCAACGUCCACGUUCAAUAACAUGUGGGAAUUAUAUUAAUAAUAAUAUGGGUUUUGCCCUUUCAAAAAUUUAUAUUAAACAAUAUUUUGAUGAAAAUGCAAGAAACCAGUCAUUAGAGAUGAUCAAUAAUAUUCGAAGUAUAUUUCUUGAUAUGCUCAAAAAUACGACUUGGAUGGAUGAAAUUUCAAAAAAUAAAUCAAUAGAAAAAGCAUUAGUAAUCGAUGAAAAAAUUGGUUAUCCAGAUUUUUUAGGCAGUAGUAAUACAACAGAACUCGAAAAAAUGUAUCAAGAUUAUAUUUUCAACGAUUCAUAUAUAUAUAAUGUUUUUAAAUUAUUACAAAUAAAAUCCAAUGAAAAUUUUCGAAUGCUUCGUGAAUCUGUUGAUCGUAAAGCAUGGGGUGCUGGUCCACCGACCGUAGUCAACGCUUUUUAUAAUCCAUCAAGAAAUCAAAUCAUUUUUCCAGCUGGCAUUUUUCAAAUACCAUUUUUCAAUAAAGAUGCACCGAAAUAUUUAAAUUAUGGUGCUAUCGGAAUGGUUAUCGGUCAUGAAAUUACUCAUGGUUUUGAUAAUAGUGGUCGUCAAUAUGAUAAAGACGGGAAUCGUAUUUCUUGGUGGACUCCUGAAACUAUCGAAAGAUUUAAUGUACGUAAACAGUGUAUAAUCGAUCAAUACAGUAGAUAUGUUGUAACUCAAAUCAACAUGACAUUGAAUGGAUUUCAAACACAAGGCGAAAAUAUUGCUGAUAAUGGUGGAUUAAAAGAAUCGUUUUAUGCUUAUCAAAACUGGGCUCGAACGCAUCCAAAUAUGGAUAAAAAAUUACCUGGUUUAUCUGAUUAUUCGGCAGAACAAAUGUUUUUUAUUAAUUAUGCACAGAUUUGGUGUUCGAAAAUGACUGAUGCAAAUGCAUUGAAUAGAAUUUUAAUAGGUGUUCAUUCACCAGGGGAAUUCAGAAUACGCGGCCCAACAUCAAACUUUGAUGAAUUCGAUCGAGUAUUUAAAUGUACACCUGGACAAGGUAAUAGUCAAGUAAACAAAUGUACUGUUUGGUAAUUGACAAUAAUAACAUAGAAAAAAAAUAUAUACAAAAUCUAUUCGUAUCUAAUAUCUGACUUCUACAUGAAAACACAACAAAAAUUUUCAUUUAUAAAAAAAAAUUUUUUUGUUCUACUUAUUUUUUUUCUAUUGCUUUGGCUAUGAAGGUGUAAUAAGAGUGACUGUGGGUGUGGGUGUAUAUCAGUUGAUUUUAUACUUGGAUAAAUUAGGAAAGUAAUUGUACAGCAAAGUCAGUCAAAGAUUGCAUUAUUUUUAUAUAAUAUUUUCAUCGUGACUUUUUUAAAAGUCUCUUUAUAUUGUGUACUAUAAUGAUAUCAUCAGUGUUGUUAGUUUCAUUGACUCUGCUCCCCUCAAAUAGCAAUUAAUAAUGGAAAAACAAAGGGCUUGAUGUUCGAAAUUGGAUAUUAUCAAUGAAACUGACUAUCGAUCUUUUGAAUUUUUUUUUCAUUGGGUUUGCUGAUUGAAACAAAUGUUAUUUUAUAUUAUAGCAAAGUUCUGUCAACUGAUAUUCUUCUGAAAUCACUUAGUAUAUUAUCAUCUCAAUAGAUUUCUCGUUGGUCCAACACAAAAAUUGAGGUCCAUCUUAUUGACGAAAUUAAUUCAUGUAUUUUCUCAAAAUAAAUAUUAAAUAGUUUUUGUAUUGAUUUCUCAAAAACUAAAUUGAUUUUCGAAUAACAAUACUUAUUAACAAAAUUUAAAUCUUAAAUUACAUAGAUAAAAUUGAAAUAUAUAUUGUAUUUAUUUCUUUAAGUCAGAUUAGAUGUAUUAUGAGCAUAACGUGUCUUUUCCAAUAAAACUCUUUUCAAAGAUCUUCUAUAAUGAUGAUUAAUCUAUGAUCGUCAAUUUACAAGAUGAACUCACCCUCAAAGUGAAAUAUACAGCUUUGCUAGUGUUUUAUAACUGUCGUACAGUGAGUAUAUGAUACGAAAUAUUGAGAAUUUUCUUUAUUCUUAUAAUGAAACAUUUCCUUUUUUUAAAAUAUUGACUAGAAAACUACAGUUAAAUGGAUAAGAAAAAUGUCUGUUUUCAAAGAUAACUUUUCUUUUUCUAUGUAAAUUGUGACUUUUUUUUAAUGGUUUUAAAUUGAACAGAUAAUUGUGACAAAUAUAAAUCUGAGAAAUUAUUGAAAACAAUAUAUGCUUGUAUGUUCACA